AUGAAUUGUAACUUGUUCGUUCCGGAAAAUGGAUUAAAAAAUUAUGGACAAUCUCUAUCAACUGCAUGCGAGACUGUCGCAACAACGUACAAUAAUUAUAAUAUUGAAAACUUUGAAAAUAUCAUAUGUAACUACUUUAUCUAUGCAUUAAAGACAAAAUAUGCGAAUGAGAAAGUCGGCUGUAUCAAGAAAUUAGUGUAUAAUCAUGUAUAUGAUCAAGUAUUUACACAUCCCCAGCUAUCUUCUAUACCUGCUGAUAUUCUCGCCUUUUUUGAUCCGGAUGUGGGUAACAAUCUCACAAGUUUUCUAAAUCCUUUGAUUUUAGAGGUGAAGAAUCGCAUUUCUACGCUUCCGCUAUCUAAAGAAAGCUUGAACAAUGAACCCUUCAAGAUUUUACCGGCUUUACGGUAUAUCCUUGAAAAAUACGAUGGUAUAUACAACGCCCAAGCUACUCAAAAUGACAAAAUUGAUUCGAUGAAGUCUCCACUCCCAAGACGUUUUAGUCUAUUUCCAAAUCCUUCAUUACACUCGCGGUUCAUAAAGAUUGAUUCCCAGAACCUAAGUGGAAUUUUUCCAGAUGCUAAGCAGAAUAAGCAACCUAAUGAAUCCUCUUUCGAUCAUCAACAAAGAUGCUUCUAUCAAAUCUAUGAAAAUCUUCAAGCAUUGCCUGAGCAAAAAGAAAAAAUGUUUCUCAACGGAUUAUAUACUUAUGGCUACACUUGCAGAGUUCUUUUUGCUAGAAAAGUUCUUCCAUCCUCACCAGAAGAGAACAUCCGUCUAGAGUUAGAUGAUCUUUCAAGCGAAGAGGUCAACAAGCACUUUCGUCCGUGUACUGGAGAUCCAGGAAGACGGGACCCGUUUGUCUCUUAUCACGGUGGUAGUGACAUACGCCGAUUGUCCUCAUCUGAGUAUUACAAUAUGGGUGGAAAUGUAACACGAAUGAAAGAGCAACAUGUAAGAGGUAGCGGAAUAAGAUAG